AUGCAUAUUAUCGUAGCAUCAUUCCCAGAGGAUCACCGUAUCAUCAUUCGCAGAGGAUACAGAUUCUACCCUACAGAUAGGGAGUUUAUCAUUGAUUGUCUUCUGAGGAAAAUUAACGAUCAAGCGCUACAUAUCAGGAUUUUGGAAACAGAUGUCUACUCUGGACAUCCGUCAUCUGUUACAGCGAACCAUCCUCAAAUUGUUGAGGGCGAAUGGUUGUUUUUCUCACCAAGAGACCACCACCGCUCCCAUUAUCGGAGGUCUAGGAAAAAUGGGAAUGGAGAAUGGAAAUGGAAACACAAGCUAACCCUACGUGAUGAGGUUGGGGAAAUCGGUGUCAAGAACUCAUUCUAUUAUCGUGAAGGCCUACCACCUGCUCCAACGACCAAUACCUCAUGGCAGAUGGCGAAGUAUGUACUUAAUGGGACCAGAACGCAAUCUCCAAAUCGCUUUGUGCUUUCUAUAAUCUACAGAAAUACCCAACGAGGACCAAGGAACAAUGCGGUGGUUGAUUGUAGUGGAGGAGCAUCUCAAACUUCUUCUCAAUUGCGUAUUGGUGAAACAGAAAAUCUUGCACAACCUCCACCGUCGGGAUCUCAAACCGAAGGCGGCAUGAACCUAAAUCAAGCAGGUUUUCAUAUCAACGUCGGAUCUGGACUGGGAGGAGGAAACGACGGCACUGGCCGUGAUUUGCACAGGGGUGAAACCGAAUAUCGUCAACAAAUUCUGGCACAGCGUCCACCGUGGAAGGGUGAAACCGAAUAUCGUCAACAAAUUCCGGCACAGCGUCCACCGUGGCUAUCUGAGAUUGAAGGCGUCGGAAAUCAAGCAGGUUUUCAUAUCAACGCCGGCUCCGGACUGGGAGGAGGAAAUGACGGCAACAGGACAACGAUUAUAACUUCCAGGCCGCAUUCGACGACGAAUGGUAUCAGCAACACCUCCUAUAUGGGUUCGGUUUUCUUACCCCAGACUUUGAGAUCGGAGGCCCAAGUGGUGCAAACAAGAGCCCACCUGGUAAUACUGACGGAUGAAAAACUUGGCCCAAAUCAUGUAGAAAUUCGUGGCCCAAUUAGCACAAGGUUAAUACUCUAA